AUGGUCGUCCGUAAUGUGACUGCGAUGAAGAUUCUAGACCAGAGUUUUAUCUAUUCCAGCGAUGACGCUCUGGUAGGAUCAAUGGUUUCUGUGGAAUGUUUUAUUGGAUUCUGGAUGAUCUUUGCUGUCAUUGUGGGAUGUCACAGAAUUCCAGCUAUGCGCAGUCCAUUCGGAAUACUCAUGAUGAAUCAGAACAUUACUCAACUCAUUGCAUGCCUCACUAGUGGAAGCUUCUUCUUCCUGGGAGUGUUACUGAAUAUCAAAGUCGUGUUGGAUCACAGCAACUACUUCGGAAACUUCACCAUUUGUCUGCUGCCGGUGGUUAUUGGAAGCUUCUUCUUGAUGUCUUUGAAUAGAUUCUGUGCGUCGACAAUGGUUUUUACUUAUAAAACUAUUUUCUCUAAUGAGAAUAUACGUCGCUUUAUAAUUUUCAACUGGGCUUUCUCAGGUGUCUUCUGGGCCUGGGUGAUCUUAUCACGUGAAUGUAAUUUCGUCUUCUUUCACUACGGAUGGAUUUUCACUGGAGAUGUCUACACUGAAAUCUGUAGAGAUCUUAUAAUUACUUACAAUACUGUCGUCCAACUCACCAUGACAUCUCUCAUUUUCGUGUUGGAUGUGGCCACUCUCUGUAUCUUGGUCUGUGGGAGAGGUCGUGUCUACAAGAAACAGAGUGCCUCCGUCCGUAAACGAGAGAUGAGUUUUGCAGGGCAGGUCUUAAUCCAAGGAAUCGUAUUCUUUAUGCACGGUUUCUGGUACGAUAUGGGAUACUCUUGGCUUCCUGGAAACGAUGAGAGAUGGAAGUACUUCUUCACUACCUCGUUCUCUUCUAACUUGCUUCACACGUUUGAUCCUCUCAUCGUAUUCCUCUUCAACCCCGAAUUCCGUAGAUGGAUCAUCAGAUUCCAUCACUCCGCUUUCAAAAAGAACCAAGUGACUGCCGUCUCAGCAAUAUCCAGUUGA